AUGCCGAUGGCGGCUGGCAACUUCUACCUUGUGCGGUUCAACGUGCCUGGCCGUGAGAUCUGGCACGAACGGCUCGUCAUCCAGGGGACGCUCAUCAUGACUCCUGAUGGCGACGUCUACCACGAGGACCAGGUGCCUUCUAGGGGCGUCAGGGGCAUCAAGCCGCUGAGCGGGCAGGGCGCCGCGGUCGACGGGAUCGAGGCGGCGAACGUGUACCGUUUCCAGCGGCUCCCCACGGCGGUGCAGGUGCGGGACGCGCUGCGCGAGGCGGCGGCAGGUGGUGGUGCGGCGCUCCCGCACGAGGACUUCGCGCUGGAGCCCGGCGACGGGAAUGUGCUCGGGAUGGCGCCUGGGCUGCUCUUCCUGCGCGACCCGCUAGCGGCCCCAGUGCCCGCCGCGGCGGGUCCGCUGGUGGCCGCUGCGCCGCCUGCGCUGGGGGCCGCCGCCGCGCCUCUCGCGCCUCCUGACCCCUUGGGGGAUGCGCUGGCCACGGCGCUCAGGCCUGGCGCUCCGCCUGGCGGCCGCGCUGGAGGCACGGCCACGCCGCCCGCGGGAGAGCCCCCGAGCAACGACUUCCGCGCCCUGGCGGUGGUGAGGGACUCGCGUGGUCGCCGCGAUCGCUCCUUCGGCGACGCGCUCAAGGAGCAGACUGAGUGCGAGCGUGUCGAUUGGCCCGUGCUUGGGCCUCGGACGUUGCUCUUGGUCCUCCAGUUCAUGCUGCGGAUGGCUGGAGGUGCCGUCGCGUGGCACACGCGGUGGCUCGCCGUCAUGGGCUUGGCCGAAGGCGACGAGGCGGCGAAACAGCACGAUAUUAUUUGCCGCAUCCUGGAGACGUCGAUGGUGCACGACCAGCUCGUCAUCACCGAGCUGGCCAGCUUCGAGCAUCUCGCUCGGCAGUUGCAGCUGAUCGAGGAGAGGGUCUACGACGAGAAGUCCCGCAAGGCGGCCGUCGCGCUCAAGGGGCAGGGCAAGAAGGACGCCACACCCCAGGGCGCGCUGUCCACGGAGGUCGGCCACUUCCUGGGGAUCGGAGAGACGAAGGGUAACUUGUGCAUCUGCCCCGCGCUGAUGCAGUUUAUCGCAGAGCAGAUGCAGGACGAGGCGGCGGUAUCGAAGGAACGACGCAAGGCGCGCGAGGAGCGCGCCUUGCCCCCCGCCUUCGCCAGCGGGAUGCUUUGCCGCUGCCACCCUUCGACGUGGACGACCGUCUUCGCGCCGUCCACGGUCGGCGGCCUCGCCAGCGGGCGGCUCGCGGCGCGGCUUGGCGCCGGCGGUGCAACGAGGGUAUCGACGCACUCAACUGGCUCCAUGAUCGUUCUGCUGCGGGACGUCUUGCAGGUGCUCGCUACGACCCCAGGCUACCAGAACGCCUCUCGGGUCAGACCCUACGACAAGGCCCUCGUGGCUUGGCCUGCGCUCUCGGGACCUCCCGUCGAGGUCGGCUCCGUCGCGCAGCAGGCCGAUGCCGUCCAGUUGCAGGGUUGGAGGCAGAGUAUGCUGAGAUCCACAGGCGAGGUCGAGGAGCUUCAGGUGGCGCCAGGCGUUCACCAACCCUACGUCGACCCUCUGCUUCGCGAUCCUCGGAAGUAUGCUGAGCUUUUGAACGCGAUGCUGCAGCGCCACGUGAUGGAGUGGACUGUGGCGCCAUCUCCUUAUUCUUCCUACUCAGUCGGGGUUUACUCGGUCGAGAGGAGCGGCGGCAAACUGAGGUUAGUCUUCGACGCGAGGUGCGCCUUCUACCACAUGGCGGUUCCGCCCGACCUGGGGGGCUUCUUCCGCCUGCCCACGAUCUCCAACCGCUUCUUGGGCCUGAAGACCGUCGGCCCCCUGUGCGUGGGUCGCCACGCCCUCCUGCAGCCCGUCGUGCGUGCGACGCCCGCGGGCUGCAACUGGGCGCUCUACUUCUGCCAGUCAGCUCUGGCACGGGGCAUGAUCGACGUGGGGGCCCAGCCGAACCGCCAUCUCGCCGAUGGAGCCGCGCCCGCCCCGCUCGCCAGUAAGAGCCACCUGGUGGCUGCGGGGUGCGUCGGCAACUUCUGCGUGGUGUCCCAGUCAGCCGCUUUGGCGACCGCCAAGGCUCGGGAGCUGGCGCAGGCGCUGACCGCUAGAGGCUUGCCCGUGCACGACUUCGCCGAGGCCCAGACGGAGGGCGUCUUUACGGGCAUCCAGUUCUCGGGCAAGACAGGGAUGCUGCGCGCGAGGCCCGGCCGCCUCGCCCGCCUGCGGCGGGCCAUCCUGGCCCUCUUGGGCCGCGGGUCGGCGUCGCGCGGGGCCCUGACCUCCAUCGUGGGUCACGCCGCGUGGGCAAUGAUCAUGCGGAGGGAGUGCCUGUCGAUAUCCAAUGGUGUUUACCGUUUCAUUCGA